CCCGGGCUUCAGACGCCGCGCGCGCACCCCAAGCGAAGCCACCCGACUCAGCCCCGCUUGCCCCCAAUCGAUCGCACGAAGACCACGUUGUGUUUCAGAGUGUGACAAGCGUGCGCGCGCUGCAACGACUCCUUCUGCGGUGUUUGUUUAGCUUCGUUCCGUGCGCGAAACGAGUUGUGAAACUACGCCGGACAACUCGGGGGAAAAACGAUGCUCUCGGCUGUUGGGUGUUUCCUGAAUGGGUGACACCCGCGGGAAAAAAAAGUUCUGGACGAUAAACGCUUCGCGGUCACGCCGUUUGCUCUCCGAGUGGAACUCGUACCGGGUUUUCUUCAUUUCUUUUUUUAGUGGAAGUGCUCGCUGAAGUUAGCGUUCCCGCCCUUUUUCGGGACUCGCGGCGACGCGCGACGUUAUGGACCGUGCAUAUGACAGUUUGAAGUUUAGUUUUGACUAGUUAGUAUUUCUAACUGGGAGUAACAUCGGUGGCUUCUGGCAUUCAGCAGGCAUUUUCUUCGCAACGACCUACCCCGGAGAAGCGCAACCGCCAGCCGUAUCAGCACCGUGGACGGCUGCGUGCCGUGACCCCGCAUCCAGGCUGAGUGGGCUAGCGCUCGCCCUGUGCCUCGGAGCGCUUAUAGGCGCCACGGCAGUGGGCAACGCGCUCGUCUGCCUCUCCGUAUGCCUCGUACGCCGGCUGCGACACCCCUCCAACCACCUCCUCGUGUCCCUGGCCGCCUCCGACCUCUGCGUCGCCCUGCUGGUCAUGCCUCCCGCCAUGCACCUCGAGCUCACGGGUCACCGCUGGUACCUCGGUCCGACGGCCUGCGACGCGUGGGUGUCCGUGGACGUUGCCUCGUGCACAGCCUCCAUCCUCAACCUAUGUAUGAUCUCCGUGGACCGGUACCUGGCCAUCACGCGUCCCCUGACCUACGGUGUCCGGCGUACGGCACGAAGAGCCUGGGCCUGCAUCGGUGCUGUGUGGCUUCUCUCCGGUUUAAUCAGCGUGCCGCCCCUACUCGUGCUCGGCAACGAGCACGGCACUCCAGAGAUGCCCACCUGCCUCGUCUGCCAGCAUCUGGCGUACCAGCUGUACGCCACGCUCGGCGCGUUUUACAUACCACUAGUGGUCAUGCUCUCCAUGUACUGGCGAAUCCACAGAGCCGCCAAGAAGGUCGUCGAGGCCGAGCACAGGGCGAGGCCGGGUCCACGGACCAGAAGCCUGAGGGUGGCCGUGAGGGAGCGAAAGGCUUCCAUAACACUCGGAAUCAUACUGACAGCCUUCACGGCCUGCUGGCUCCCUUUCUUCGCCAUUGCCCUGGUGCGUCCUUUGGGAGGCAAGCCCCUACCUGAGUGGGCACACAGCUUCGCCCUGUGGUUGGGCUACGCUAACUCGGCGCUGAAUCCGGUCAUUUACGUCACGUUCCACCACGACUUCAGACGUGCAUUUCGGGACUUACUUUGCCUGCGAUGCGAUGGGCGGGACGGCGGCAGCAGCGCUGUUGAGAUUGGAAGCACCAACGGAGAAGGAGGAAAGCUCCUCGGCAUGAAGAAUAAGAUCGAUCGCACCUGGACCUGACCGUGGUGGUCGUCGCCCACGGGUCUCCGUUCCUACAAAGGCGACGUGAGUGAGAAGCCUGAGAGAGAGAUAGGGGAGGGGCAGCUCCUUAAAGAACAGCGCCCGCAAACUCAAACAACUUGCAGCUCGAGUGUGACGCCAGCGGACGUUCCUGUUCAUUGAACUACACAUCAUGCUCCGGUAAAUGGAACUGUUCGCCCACCAAUCACAAGAAAAAUCUCCUGUUUUGUGCGGCAGCAAGCCCAGAAAAAGAGUAGCGACGGCUUGCCACUCCCACUUGACAUCAUGUACGAAGACAUCCAUCUUGUGUGACAGUGCCCAACUCGUGACAAUGAAAUUAAGCAAAUGAUAACGGGGCAGCGCAAGAAGGCUGCUUAUGCAGGCUCGCAGUCUGUCGUUCUAGCUUUCUUUUUAAGUAGCGACAUGACCCACGCAUUUGUGUAAGCCAAACAAAUUUGUGCAAGACAGAUUACACACAGCUCCAUAAUAUAACCUGAAAACUAUGCUGAAUUUCUCAUUUAGUAGCAUUUUUAUGCUAAACAGAUAACAUUUGGCUGGUUUCACUUGAUCUUCGUAAAAACCAUUUUUGCAUAGCUUUAUGCGAUACAUGUGAAAUAGCAUGAUCACGUCGUGCCAUAAUGAGCUGCGAGAGUAUUAAAAAAAACUUGAAAGGAAGCUAUAAGUAGGCGUUUUUAUGAAGAGUGUUCAUGGAAAAAAUCGACACUUCAAGUCGUUUCGCUUGCAAAACAGUUAUGCCUCAAUGUGUUUCUAUUGGUGUAGCCAAUAGAAACACAUUGAGACAAAUAGACGAUGAUUGCUCUUGAUGUGACCAGAAUUUGUCCAGCUCUAGCCUCCGUACCUUUGAACGAAAGCACAUGUAGUGGUUACGUUAGCAAUACGGCACAUCCAUGCACAUAUACGAAACACGGCGGAGGAAGGCUUAGCCGUAGGAGGAUGACAUUACGUGAUCAGAGUCGAUCAACAUGAGAAGCCACAAGGUAGAGUCAUCGUUUUAUCAAGGAAGCUUCUCCUCAUCAAUCUUGAUUAAGGAUUGUCACACUGACAAAUGUAACGUGUUUGUCCGCAUUAGCGCAAGCACUCUGACAAGGCGUUGUUAUCCUGACGAAUGCGAGUUACCUUGUCGAAACAUUGGCUGCUGCAGCAGGGAUCUCUUCAUAAAACACUAUUAGUAAUACGUAUAGACAGACACACUUCAGGCUUACCCGAACAGUUAUGGUGUCCCGUUUUCUUUCCACUAGCAGUGUAGUAACAUUCUGCAAUUGAAGCUACGAAAUGCUUAUUACCUAAGUUAAAGAGAUGUCACGAGGAUAAAUGAAAGAAACAGACAUUGAUAAAAAUUACCUUCGGAGACAAUGACGCCGACAGGUAGAGAAAAUAACAUAUUUCAC